AUGAAGGAUUACAAAGAAGAACAAGUGAUGAUCAACGGCGCGUUGUUUUAUAACUUAACAUGGACAGUGAACGGCCUAACAGAAGAGUAUAAAGCAUCUCAACAACUACCACUUUUUAAAAUAGAAGUUGAACUACCAAUUCAGGAAUCAGACUGUACUGAUAUAUCGUCCUUCUGGGUUCAAAACCCCCCAAACGUGACUCUGUCAGCCGACUGCCCAAGAGGUCCAGGAGUUAAAAACGGCUACAUCAGACGUGGGACAACAGCUGAGUGUGGCUGUGAGGUGUACAACAAUGGGCCCAUAACUGCCACAGUGAAAUGGUUUACCUCAGACGGUCAACCUGUUAUGUUGAGAAAUGAAUCGGUCCUUGAGGUCACGUACAACCCAGACGAAAAAAAACAGUCAUAUGAAUGUCGCGCUACAUCAGUGAUGGGUGUUGAAACUAGAUUACAAUUUGUGCCAAAGUUUUAUUAUCCCCCGAAUGUGUUCGACUUUACUGUAAAUAAAAGUAACUCCACCAUAGUAAGUGUCGGUGCCAAUGUUGUGUUUUACUGUGAAGUAGAAGGAGACCCACCUGCUAAAGCCUUGAUCAAUGGCAGCGGUCUUGGACAGGUGAAAGAAAUCCAAUCUAACACGUCAGUCUUGGAGCUGGUUCUAGAAGAUCUACAAUGUGAUGACUCGGGACGAUAUUUUUGUAUGGGAGUCAAUGGUUUUGAGGAUAAUGGGACGAUGGAUCACAACUUUGUCGAUGCUAAUGUUCUAUGUCCACCUAAAGUAAAAAACAAUUCAUCGGAAAUUCCUGUUGUCCACGUGUCACGUGACAAAAACACGGUGUUUACACUUGAGAUCUACGGAUAUCCCGAACCAACAAAAUUUGGACUAAAAAUAGAAUCAGGCACGUUUUCAUCAGACGUGAACAGCAACAGUUAUCACAUAUCCUACAUCACGACGGUGCCGCCAUUUGGUCUAGUCACUGUAAGCCUGACGGAUUCCAGUUCUAAAGCCAUCACCACAUAUAUACUAACCGUAGCCAACACAGAAGGAAAGCUUGAGCUACGUUUUAUCGCCAUAGAUCAGGAUCAAAUCAGUGUACAAACAGAUGACUCAGCAUUCUGGAUGAAGGUGGGAUUAGGAGUCGGAUUAUCUGUACUUGUUUUAGCCGUCGUCAUAGCGGUAUCUAUAAUCUGUUUUAGGCGACAUAAUCUAAAUGGACAGGGAGGUAGCGAGGGAAAUCUGCCCCAUCCUGAUGAUUAUGUCUCAGAUGAGUCUUCUACCGAUCAAAGUUCCACAACUCCCAUAGACAACUGGCUUUUUACAAACAUCAGUUAUCUGCCUUCACCUGACAAAGAACUUAACUUUAACCAUUCAUACAAAGAUUUCAUUGAACCACCUCCAGAUUAUUUUGAUGAUUGAAUUUUUAAUAUUUUACACUGUAGUAAGACAAUGUAAUUAUGUUUAUUAAUUAAAGUAUUUGUAAAACUGGCUUUUACUCUAUUUAGGGUAUUAUUUUUUAGGUGUUUAUAUUUUAUUUAUUUUAUUAUAUAAAGGCAUAAUAUAUUGAUUUGUACCUAGCCCUUAAUAUUAUGAUACAUUUUCUAUGAAUAUAACUCGGUGCGAAUGAAUGUUGGUGCGGGUGUAUAAUGAAAGAAUAAAAAUGUGAAGCGCUUAAUAAGAUAGUGACAUGGAAUGUGGUAACGGUGUUGCUAUGGCAUGGAAGGCUAGAGAGUUCGGACUAAGUAGUGAAUGUGAAAGGUACUUUACAUGAUGUCGAUAGCAAGGAUUGUUGGGUGCGGAUUUAAAUGAGGACAGUAGUGAAAUAAAUAUCAAGGAAGAAAAUAAUAGAUUUGUGCCAUUAAAUUCAAACAGAAGUUUAAUAAUUGUCAGAAGGAAAAUUAAAUUCCACACUGUUUACGCUGAAAUGUCUGUUAACGCGGGUCAUGACCUGUAAACUAUUUUCUAGUGGAUUAUGUAUGUACCUAAUAUGAAGGGGCGUGAUUUCUACAAGAGAUGGUGAAGAUAAAGAAAAAGUAUAAAUUAUCAGUGUUUCCUUUUUGGGAGGGGCACUGUAUGCCAUGACGGCUAUGUCGAGUAUAUUAUUUAAGCAGAGAUAAGUUUUACUCAUUAUUAUAUAAAUACAAGUCAUUAGUAAUAAUCUCCCUGUCUAUGAUUUAAAAAAACUGAACUGGAUUUUAAAUUAUUACUAUUUUAACACGGAUAAGAUUCUUAUUAGUCGUGGAAUUUAAAAAAAAAUGUAUAUACCAUGUCUAUGUUAAACAGAUAGAUUAGCAGCAGUUGUAAAAAAAUAAGGUUAGGUGUGAAACAUACA